AUGACACUCAGCUGGUUUGUCAACACCUACGGCGUGACGCAGUGGUUCCACGCGAUGGCUCUGCCUCAGCCCUCUCCCAAGCCUGGCCACAUCCCGAUCUGCCCACUUCCUCCUUGGUUUCUUCGUCCUGUCGGUACGACUCACGAUGAGGAGGCCAUCGAGGAAGACGAUGGCGCCGGCGAUACCAUCGAUAUGCGCCAACUUCCAGACACCAUCGCCACUGUCGGCCACCUCUACUUCAACCCUGCCUCGCGCAACGGCAAUGCGGCUCUCACCGCUGACCCAAGUGUCUUUAUGGCUGACACCCCCAACGCCCCCGUCGUUACUGCAGAUGGUCCCAACUCGAAGACGGAAGUCCCUCAUCUCGUCUUCGCCGCCUUCAUCCUGAACGAGCAAGCUAACGGCGUUGAUGUUGGUGCCCAGGGGAACGGUGCUGUUGCCGUCCGCCUGUACACCAUGGCCUGUGACAACAACAGCCGCCGCUUCCCCAUGACCUCCCACUUCAAGGACCGAGAACAGUUCGAGGGCGUUGAGAUCCUGGACUGGCGCAUCGUCAACUUCGACAACCGCUUCAAGCCCCCUGGUGCCAGCCUACCCCAAGUCUAUGCCAAGGUCUACGAAACCCUCCUCGAGCGCCUUGAGGAUUACCUGGAUUAG